AUGUUGGCUCGCUCUGUCUGGCGCCAGUUCGCGCGAACGAGACAUAGCUCGACGGUUCGGUCACUGUCGCGCAGACAUGCUUCAAGUUCUACAGCCUUCAUCUGGGAAGACCCUUUAAAUUUAAACAACUUCCUUACCGAAGAAGAGCGUGCCAUCCAAGAGACGGCGCAGUCAUACUGUCAGGAGCGCCUGUCCCCAAGGGUUUUAGAAGCAUAUCGCAAGGAGGAUUUUGACAAGACGAUCUUGCAAGAGAUGGGAGAAUUAGGUCUGCUAGGCUCUACAAUCAAAGGCUACGGAUGUGCUGGUGUGAGCAAUGUUGCUGCAGGGCUUAUCACUCGUGAGGUUGAGCGAGUAGACUCUGGGUAUAGAUCAGCGAUGUCUGUCCAGAGCUCACUUGUCAUGGGACCCAUAGAUGAAUUUGGCACGCAAGAGCAGAAAGACAAGUUCCUAGAGAAGCUUGGUAACGGUCAGUUAGUAGGCUGUUUUGGCUUGACAGAACCCAACCAUGGGUCGGACCCAGGAUCGAUGGAGACGACUGCAAAACCCCAUCCGUCAAAGGAAGGCUACUACUCUCUUUCGGGCGCCAAAACCUGGAUCACAAAUUCACCUAUUGCCGACGUUCUCCUGGUCUGGGCAAAGCUACAGGAGACAGGCAAGAUUAGGGGGUUCUUAGUUGAACGAGAAAAAUGUCCCCCAGGCACGUUGGAAACACCACCUUUGAAGAAUAAGAACGGGCUUCGAGCAUCGAUAACGGGCAUGAUCCAGUUGGACGAGUGCCCCGUGCCUAAGGAAAACAUGUUCCCUGAUGUUGAAGGGCUGAAGGGACCAUUCGCUUGCUUGAAUUCGGCCCGGUAUGGUAUUGCCUGGGGCACUAUGGGCGCACUUGAAGACUGCAUCACGAGAGCCCGUGAAUAUGCUCUGGAAAGGAGGCAGUUCAAAAACAACCCCAUUGCUAAGUACCAAUUGGUGCAGAAGAAGCUCGCGGAUGCCACAACCGAUGCGGCAUUUGGUGUAGCUGCAGCUUACCAGGUGGGUAGACUCAAAGAUGAAGGCAAGGUUGUACCGGAGAUGAUCUCAAUGAUUAAGAGACAAAACUGUGACCGGGCACUGGUGAAUGCAAGGCACCUGCAAGAAAUCUUCGGAGGCAACGCAGUCAGCGACGAGUAUCACAUCGGGAGGCACGUGUCAAACUUAUUCGUCACUCAAACCUAUGAGGGACAAAGCGACAUCCAUGCACUGAUACUGGGACGUGCCAUUACUGGACUGCAAGCAUUUGUAUAA